AUGUUCUCUCGAUCUGUCGCUCGAUCUUCUUCAGCCCUCGCUAGAGGUUUCGCUACUUCUGCUAGAUCAAAUAGGAAAGUAGCUGUUCUUGGUGCUGCCGGUGGUAUUGGUCAACCCAUGUCCUUACUCCUCAAAACCGACCCCCUUAUUACCGGUCUCUCAUUAUACGAUAUUCGAGGUGCCCCAGGUGUCGCUGCUGAUAUCAGUCACGUUAACACUCACUCUGAAGUCAAAGGUUACGAGAAGGAUGACAUCAAAGCCGCUCUUUCCGGUGCUGAAAUCAUCAUCAUCCCAGCUGGUGUACCCCGAAAACCCGGAAUGACCCGAGACGAUCUUUUCAACACCAACGCCUCCAUCGUCAGAGAUCUCGCCGAAGCUUGUGCCGAGUACGCUCCUAACGCUUACAUCGGUAUCAUUGCCAACCCCGUCAACUCCACCGUCCCCAUCUGGGCCGAGGUUUACAAGAAGAAGGGUAUCUUCGACCCCAAGAAGAUCUUCGGUAUCACCACCCUCGAUGUCGUCCGAGCUUCCCGAUUCCUCGGUGAGAUUAAAGGUGCCGACCCCAAAGACAUCAACGUUACCGUUGUCGGUGGUCACUCCGGUGUCACCAUUGUCCCCCUUCUUUCCCAAACUACCCAAGGUAAAGAUGUCUCUGGUGAGGCUUACAAAGCUUUGGUCAAGAGAAUUCAAUUCGGUGGUGACGAGGUUGUUCAAGCUAAAGCCGGUACCGGUUCCGCUACCCUUUCCAUGGGUUUCGCCGGUGCUCGAUUCACCAACUCCCUUAUCCGAGCUCUUAACGGUGAGACCGGUGUAGUCGAGCCCACCUUCGUCAAAUCUCCACUUUACGAGUCUGAGGGUGUUGAGUACUUUGCUUCCAACGUCGAACUCGGUCCCGAGGGUGUCAAGAAGAUCAACUCUGUUGGUGAACUUUCCGCUGAGGAAAAAGAAUUACUCAACGCAUGUCUUCCCGACCUUGCCAAGAACAUCAAGAAAGGUGUCGAAUUCGUUAACAAGGCUUAA